CUUGCUAAAGGACAUUCAAGUGUUCUAAGUGCGGAAGAGUUAACUGAAGUGGCAGUGUUGCGUAGAUACAAAGGAGUGGAAUAAAAAAGGAAGUUAAGCGCACAUUCGUUGUGAAGCUUUCGAAGUGAAGCGGUGAAUGUGCGAAUGAUCAAUUUUAUGUUAAAUUUAAAAGAAAAAUAAAUAAAAAUUUAAAAUAAAAAAAUAAAUAAAUAAAGGUUUAGUAAAUAAAAUCUAAGAUUAUGCAUUUGAACAGUGAGGUUAGCGCAAUGUGAAAAGGGUCCCCAACUACCUGUACUUAGGUUGUUGUUUAGCAAAGGGUGCUAAGUUAGUCGCCCGCUAUCAAAAGUCUUCCGUUCGUAGCGAGAUUAUUUCAUUUCCGUCGAGCGGAAAUCAGUUUAGUUACUUGAAAUAAGCGUAAAUUGCGAAUUGUAAACUGGUGCCAGCCAACGUCACUGAAACAACAAUAACAGCACUAGCAACUAGAAGCACUUCGGCAUUUGUGAUUGUGACUUCAAAUCGCUUCUAUGUGUUGUUGGUGUGUGGCCGUAUACUUAAUUAAUUACGCUCAUAUGAAUGUGGAUGUGGGUGCGUAAUGAAAGAGCAGCAAAUGCAAUUAGUUUUAUGUGCAAAUAAAAGUGGUGAGACCAGCUAAUGAGUUGGCAUCUGGUUGGAAUGGUGGAAAAAGCGAAAUAGCGAGGCAUACAAACAAACAACUAAAACAUGAAAAAUAGUAAUAUAAUAAUUACAAAUACAAAAUUAUGAAAAAAGUGAAAAGUAAUAAUAAAUAAAAACAUAUAUUUAAAAUGCUUAAAAGAUUAUAUCGUCCCAGUGCCCCGAAAGCAAUGCAGUGCAAAAUUUUUAAAAUCAAUUCAAAGUCAAUAUCAAAUCACCACAAAUUGACCGUUGACACAGCACAACUCAGCGCAAUAUAAUGAAAUCAUAGAAACUGCAUGUCAAUCCCAUAAAGCUCGUCCUUUUCUAUUCGGUCACGCACGUGUCCUUAAGUUGCGUUGUGUGUGGCAGCUGCUUACCCUUAUUUUAAUUAUCUCAAUUGAAUGAGGAAUGUGUCAGGUCAUGUUCACUGGCUGGCGAGCGCAAUAAGUGUUGCUUAAACAAACACAAAAACAACAAAAAAAUAUUUAAAAAAAAUAUAUUAAGCAACAUCAAAUAAUUCACUUGCUUGACCAAGUGCCAGCAACCAGCACCCAAACAGCAGCCCCAUAACAAUAACAACUAUUUUUUACAUCUUUUAUGAAUAAGUAAUGAAAAACGGUUAUCGCUCCAUCGUCUCAGUAAGUGUGUGUGUGUGUGUGUGAACGAAAAAGAGAAAAAUCUGUGCCUGUGUAUGUGUUGAAGGCCAUUGCUGCAAAUAACAAUUUGUGUCAGAUUGAGUGUAGUCGCACAGACAGCUUUACAUAAACACGCACGCAUGCAUGCAAAAUGAGAGGCACAAGUAAAUGAAGAAAAAAUCGAAGAGCUCAACAACAAUGACAACAUAAUAUCAGCAUCUCAUCGGUUCGUGAUCAGACGCCAAACAUCAGCCGCCAAUUGCCGCUGCUUGUAAGUGCUGAGACGCAGCCUUGACGCGUUCCCAUUGACGCCAAACACACGCAAUUUGUGAAUAAAGUUGAGUCAACAAAAAAACUAAAAUAAAAAGAAACAACAACAAACAAAAACAACAACAACGGCGCAUUGCCAACAGCUACAGCAGUCAGCAGUCAGGGUUUUGAUUUGAUUUUUUCUGAGUUCAUUUUUUUUAUGAAUAUUCUUCGGCAUUCAACGCCGCGCUGUCGUUGUCCUCGCAAUCGUCACCAGCGUCUCAAUUGUCGCUAUUGCUGUCAUUUUGGUAAUUGCGAUAUCCUUUCGCAGAGCAUAGUAGUGGCAGCACUCAAGCAAACAAAAAGUGGCAUUAAUAUCUGAAUUUCGCAUGAAAUGUUGCUGGAAUACGUAAUGAUGCUGCUUGUGUUCGGAUUAACCACAACCGUUGAGCGGAGCCACAUCGACGCGCUGGCAUUUCAGGGUACAACGAGACAUCCGCCACAUCAUCAUUACACGCCGCCACCGUCAACAGUUCACCACCUAUCACAGCAAAUUUUAGAAUCAAUGUCACUAGCAGCCCAGCUGCCAUCCUCCUCAUCGCUCUCGUCGUCAGCGUCAUCAUCAUCAUCAUCGGCAUCCACAUCGUUGGCAUCAUACUCACAGCUUGAACUCUCCAACGCUAUUGUGGAGAGUUUCGAAGGUGUCGGAAGUGGCAGUGAACCGCAGUUCGAGAAUACCACCGAACGCGAAGUGAUUGCAGCUGUCGGCACAACAGCUCGGUUGCAUUGCCGUGUGCGGAAUCUUGGCGAUCGCGCUGUCUCGUGGAUACGUAAACGCGAUCUGCACAUUCUCACCAUCGGCAUUAUGACGUAUACGAAUGACCAGCGUUUUUUGGCGCGACACAUUGACAACUCGGACGAGUGGGUGUUGAAGGUGGUGUCGGUGCAGCCGCGUGAUGCUGGCAUUUAUGAGUGUCAGGUGUCGACAGAGCCGAAAAUCAGUCAAGCGUACAAGCUGAUGGUUGUGACAUCAAAGGCGCAAAUCCUCUCGAAUCGCGAACUCUUUAUACAAAGUGGCAGCGACAUUAAUUUGACGUGCAUCGCACCGCAAGCGCCCGGGCCCUACACGCAUAUGAUGUGGUACAAGGACAGCGAAUUAAUUAACGAUUCAACGCGCGGCGGCAUACGCGUCGUAUCGGAGCAGCAGAUGAAGAUGAGCAAUUUGGUGAUAUCGCGCGUGCUGCACCGGGAUUCGGGGAAUUACACAUGCUCGGCAGAUAAUUCAAAUUCCGACAGCGUAUUUGUGCAUAUCAUCAAGAGUGAGCAGCAUGCGGCCAUGCAACAUGAACUUGCCACACGCAUGCAGACGCCGCGCCUGCUGCUGGUACUACUGACGUUUUUCUAUUUAUUCGAAUGUUCAACCAAAUGAGAGCGGGUAAUCCACUUACCAUGGCCAUUGCGAACACAAAUGCUGAAGCGCUAAGAAUCACUGUAAUUUAAGAUAAAAAAUUAGCAACAAAAACACAAUAAAACAAUUAAAUUUAUGGAGAAAAAAAAUAAGUAUUAGAAAAUAUUAGAAAUAAAUUUUACAUUAGCAACAGCAUAGCUGUUCAUUGCGCCUUUGCCGUUGAGAAGCCAACGAGGAGGUGAAGAGGUUCGCAUUUGAAGACAGCUACUUCACCCCCUUAGUCAGCGCCAUGUACGCCUGCGGUUUCCAGUAAGAAAAUAAAAAAUUCGAAAAACAACUACGCAACUGUGUUGGAUUGUUCGGCAAAGGAAUGGCCUAUGUGCUGCCGCUGCCGCUGCUGCUGCUGCUGCUCAAUUUUUGCAAAUUUGCAUGCACAAGAGACUUGAUAAUUGUUAGUUUUCCUGGUAAAAUAUUACUUGGCAUUGUUUCGUAUAUCUUUUAGUUGUUUUACUUUUUUUGCCUUUUGAUGGAUGUUUUAUGGAUUAUGUUCCACUUGUAAAUGUAGUAAAUUAUAAAUAAUUUGUAAGUAUUUUUGUACUUAAUAAUAGCAGAUAAGUUAUAGGUUUUAAUUAGAUGCGUA